UGAGGAGUGUAGAGGAGAAGCAGUGGAUUUCUACCGGUACUAAGGGCUAUAUUGUUUUGUUAACAGCUUUAGGACAAAACUUCAGCUUCAUUAAUGCCGAGAGGAUCACCGCUGAUCGGGGAUGAACUGGGCAGCACUUCAGAUCCUCCUGAGCGGGGUGAACCAAUACUCCACGGGUUUCAGCCGCGUUUGGCUCUCCAUCGUCUUCGUGUUCAGGGUGAUGGUGUUCGUGGUGGCGGCGCAGCGGGUCUGGAGCGACGACAGCAAAGACUUUGAGUGUAACACCAGGCAGCCGGGCUGCACCAACGUCUGCUACGACAGCGUCUUUCCCAUCUCGCACAUCCGUCUCUGGGCCCUGCAGCUCAUCUUCGUCACGUGUCCGUCCCUCCUGGUCGGGGCCCACGUGAAAUUCAGACAGGAGAAGGACAAAAAGUACGAGGAAACGCACAAGGGCGAGCAUCUGUACGUUAAGCCGGCGAAAAGAAACGGCGGCCUGUUUUUGACCUACCUGCUCAGCCUGGUCUUCAAGAUAGGCUUCGAGGUCGCAUUCCUGUACAUCCUGCACUACAUCUACGAUGGCUUCGACAUGCCGCGCCUCACCAAGUGCUCCCUGGAGCCGUGCCCCAACACGGUGGACUGCUUCAUCUCCCGGCCCACCGAGAAGAAGAUCUUCACCUUCUUCAUGGUGGUCACCUCGGCCGUCUGCAUCCUGAUGUGCACGUUUGAGCUGAUCUAUCUGAUCGGGAAGAAGAUCUAUAAGAUGAUCUAUAUAUAUCCAGCCAGACCUUUGAAGCAGCAGAGUGAAAUCAGAGUAAAAAACAGGACAGAAAGUCGCGUCUCCGCUGCAGAUCUCAGACUGCUGAAACAGACGGACGCUGCUAAUGAAAUAAGCGCUCUGUAGGAUGGAUUUGAUUCUCUCACGUCCAGUCAGGUCCAGUCGUCCGACCUUUACCGAACAUUAAUAAUGGUGGUGAGGGAAACUGUCCCACGCAAACUUCACCCUGUCAGUUUCUCCCUGAUUACAGGACGGUUU